AUGAACAUCGCGGCCAAGACGAAACAGUGGAAAGUGUACAUCACAGUCAUCACUCCGGGCGGGAAUGAAAGUCAUCGUCGGUUUGGAGAAGGCGGUGAUGGCCGUGGCCUACGCACCGCAGUUGAUUCGAUACAAGAUUGUGUUCUCGUCGCUCUCGGUCAACAUGACGUACCGCACUGCCUUUUCCCAGCGGACGAAAAGGGGCAGUCUCCCACCAGCCCUGGAGCUCCUUCAAACCCUAUAUCCUUGGUCGGAGACUUAGAGGCCGAGGGAAUCCGUCCAGCAGCGGCUGACCCUUCUCGACGAGGACGCCGAGCCGCUGCCCACCGACGGCUGGGAAUCAUCGCUGAGGUGGUCGGGCUCGUGCCGCCGGGAAGAAAGGCGCCCAACUGCGUGGUAACCUCGCCAGAAAACAGGCUCGUGGCAGUAUUAAUGGGAUGUAGCAGGGUCGAGGUCUACGAUAUUCUUGUUUCGGGGGAUAGUGCCGCGACCACUGGUGCGAGAAUAGCCUUUAUGUUCCGUCUCCAGUGUCACUUGGUCUACGAGACGAUUCGUACUGUUUAUGGUAUCUUCUUGUCCAACUGCAAAGGACUGUACGCUAUUAAGCAAACUGAUUAUUGA